AAAAAAAGUGCAGAAAUAAAAACUGAGUUACUUCCACAUGCGAUAUAAGGGCUCAUUAGUUGAAAACCUAUAGACUGAAAAUGAUGUGACACUGUCACGCAUUAUCAGAAUUGGCCUAUAAAGAUCUUCCAAAACCAACCAUUCCAAAUCCAUAUUCCCAUCCCUUGAGCUUUCCAUAUUUCUCUUUUUUAAGUGCGUACUCGAUUUGCAAGUUCUCUAGCUCUCAAGUAAUCAACCUUCUUCUUCCCAACUUUCUCUAGUUCACUCAAUUUCUUGUUACUAAUUGUUUUGAUGUUAGUUUAUCGUUCAAAGAAUUCGAAUUUGUGAGAAAGAAGAAAGUGAAAAAAAUGGAGUAAUCAGUAAACUACAUGGACAAAGAGUACCACCGAUAAUUAUGAUUUUAAUUAUUACUAGAAUAAUUUUUUAAUUUUUUUUUGUUUGCUUUUAAGAUUUAUUGGUUUGCUAAUAUAUUUGAGGAAAGAACUUCGCUGCUGAAAAAAUCAGCAGCAACCCUGCUGAAGAUCAAUCACAGCUGGACACGUGUCCAAGUUGUAAUUAAAAAUUCACCAAAUUGAACACGUAUCCAGCUGUGAUUGGUUAUCAGCAGAGGCUGCUGCUGAUUUUUCAGCACCCAAGUCCCGUUUUAUAUUUGAGACUAAUUGUACAACGUUUUACAUUUUUUCAUGCAGUUGCGCUACCCAUGGAGUUUGGCAAAGAUCAUCGUGAGUUCGACUGUGACUCUCCUUUUGUUAAGGGGGGUUUGAAUGAAGCUGCAAAAACACCCAAGAGUACCGGAAACAAUGACAUAAGUGUAAUCCAAGAAAACGUUGGCUGCUGUAUGACAACUUCAACUUGUAUAACUCAGCAUGAAGAAAAGAAAAAUAAUGAAGAUGGAAUAUUGCGCAAACUUGGAAGACGAAGUUUUGAGAAGAAAAUGGAAUCACCAAGUGGGAAAAUGAUUCACAAAACAGAGUCAUUUGGCUCCCACCUACUAAUCAACAUGGAUGAAGUUAAUAGCAAUACCGUUACUGAAAGCUUUGACAAGAGAGGUUCCAUAUUAAGCAGGACUUCUAGCAAUGGCUUGGGAAAUUCUUUCUCUCUUGCUGAAGGAGACAUCUCAGACAAUAUUGCCUUGAGAGUGCAGAGUCCAAAGCAACGCACUAAGUCUAUGUCAACUGAAGAAGGAGGUCCAGAUGCAGACAAAGGGAGAAAUCUCCAUGUGGAACCCAGCUUACCAAUUUAUCUCAAGUUCCAAGAUGUCAAGCAUAAGGUUGCUGCUGCAAAGGGUAUGAAAAGCUCAAAUGCAGAGUACAUACUGCAUGGAAUCACUGGCUCAGUGCUUCCAGGAGAGGUUCUUGCUCUAAUGGGACCUUCUGGAGGUGGCAAAACCACUUUGCUGAAUCUCCUCAGUGGAAGAGUGAAACUCAAAACCGGUACCAUCACUUACAAUGACCAACCAUACACCAAGUUUCUCAAACGGAGGAUUGGAUUUGUAAUGCAAGAUGAUCUUCUGUUCUCCCAUCUUACAGUCAAAGAAACGCUAACUUAUGCUGCUCUACUCCGUCUUCCACUUACCUUAACCAGAAAUCAGAAAAAAGAAAGGGCCAUGAAUGUGAUUAAUGAGCUAGGCCUAGAAAGGUGCCAGGAUACACUUAUUGGUGGCACAUUUGUUAAAGGAGUUUCUGGUGGUGAGAGGAAAAGAGUGUGCAUUGGAAAUGAAAUCCUGCUCAAUCCAUCACUUCUGUUCUUAGACGAACCAACUUCCGGUCUUGAUUCAACCUCAGCACUUCGAAUACUUCAGAUGCUCCACAUUAUUGCAAAGGCUGGCAAGACAGUGGUGACUACAAUACAUCAACCGUCUAGUAGAAUAUUUAACAAGUUUGAUAAACUCAUCCUCUUGGGUAGAGGAAGCUCCUUGUACUUUGGAAAAGCCUCUGAAUCGAUGACAUACUUCUCCUCAAUCGGUUGUGCACCGCUUAUAGCUAUGAACCCCGCAGAGUUUCUCAUUGAUCUUGCAAAUGGUAACACAAAUGACAAAUCACUUCCAACAGAACUGGAGGAUGGAAGGCCUUCCACGGUUGAUGUCCACGAGUUUCUGGUAGAGGCCAAUCAAAUCAGACUUGCAGAAAUGAAAAAAACAAAGCUCCUAAGUUAUGUGCAGACAGACGGGGAGAACAUGUUGCAAGGCAAAGGGAUGACAUACUUGAGGGAAUCAAAUGCAACUUGGUGCGAACAGUUUUCAAUUCUUUUUAGGAGGGGCCUUAAGGAGAGACGCCACGAAUACUUAAGCUGUUUGCGUGUAUUUCAAGUUGUCUCAACUGCUCUAAUAAUAGGACUCCUAUGGUGGCAGUCUGAUACUUCUUCCCGAAGACAGCUUCAAGAUCAAACAGGAUUGUUAUUCUUCAUUUCAGUAUUUUGGACCUUCUUCCCUUUAUUCACUGCAGUUUUCACAUUUCCGCAAGAAAGAGCAAUACUUGCUAAAGAGAGAUCAGUGGAGAUGUACAAACUCAGUGCAUACUUUUUAGCUAGAAACACUAGUGAUAUUCCUCUGGAUCUCCUGCUGCCGUUAGCCUUCCUCGUCAUUGUUUACUUAAUGACAGGCUUGAAGCUGACCUUUACUGCAUUUAUCCAAACAAUGCUAACAAUUUUCCUUAGCAUUGUCGCCUCUCAGGGUCUUGGAUUGACCAUAGGUGCAGCAUUUGCCGAUGUGAAAAAGGCAACAACGCUAGCUUCCAUCGUCGUUAUGACCUUUAUGUUAUCUGGUGGAUUCUUUAUCAAGAAAGUUCCAUCAAAUGUUUCGUGGAUACGCUAUAUCUCGUUCAACUACCACUCUUACAGGCUACUCCUGAAAAUUCAGUACGGUUGCCCAUCACGUUCAGGUACCUCUGGAAAUGAAACAUGUGAGUCUCAAUUAAUCAAAGAAUUAAGACUGGAUUCAGGUGUGACGGAAGUUGGAGCUAUGAUUGUGAUGAUCAUUGGGUAUAGGUUACUAGCCUAUUUAUUUCUCAGGGCAAUGAAAUUCAGGACUAUGAUAUAGUCUCCCAUUCUAGACGAUAUCUACUUGAAAAAUUAGACUUCUCAGAAUGUUUCUGUCCACGGAAGAAAGUUUCAUUGCUAAUAUGUUCCAUUCAAUAUAUAAGUAUUAGUUGAGUUUCGUUCCAAAAAUAAAAAAUAAAACCGUCAGCUUGCAUGUAGGUUAAGUGUCUUCUCGACAUUUGAGGCUAUGAGUACUUUGUCCUUCCAAUAAACUAGGAACUAAGUUAUUAUCUUCAAGUUUGCUCAUGUUGAAGAAUCUGAUUCAGAAAAGAGAACUAUUGUAUGAAUUAUGUAUUUUAGUUUCCAGUUCUCAUUUUGUAUGAUGGACAAUAAGAUACUUUAAUUGAUGUUUUUAUUUUAU